CCUGGAUGCUCAGGUAAAAGUUCGCUGCGGAGGUAAGGACCUCAUGGAGAACCCCUGCUAGGGCAGUGUGGAAGGGAAAUGUGGGCUGGAGCCCCCACACAGAGUCCCUCCUGGGGCACUGCCUAGCGGAGCUGUUAGAAGAGAGCCACCAUUCUCCAAACCCCAGAAUGGUAGCUCCGCUGACAGCUUGUGCCAUGCACCUGGAAAAGCCACAGACACUUAAUGCCAGCCUGUGAAAGCAGCCAGGAGGGAGGCUGUAUGCUGCAAAGCCACAGGGUCAGAGCACGCAAGACCAUGGGAACCCACCUUUUUCAUCCACAUGACCUGGAUGUGAGACCUGGAGUCAAAGGAGAUCAUUUUGGAGGCUCAUAGGUGGAAGGGAUUUGCCUUAUCUCAGAUGAGACUCUGGACUGUGGACUUUUGGAUUAAUGCUGAAAUGAUGUAAGAAGUGCCUUUCGCCUCCUGCCAUGAUUCUGAGGCCUCCCCAGCCAUGUGGAACUGGUUCCCAGUGCCGAUUCCGACACUGUGAAGAGGCCCUUGGCAGUGACACUGUGUGCUCAUUAUGGAGAGAGAGGAAAUGUUUAGAUCCACUUUGCAGAUUUAGACACAUGGAAAUGCAGCAAAACUGCAGCAUUUCAUGCUUCUGGGAAACUCAGCCUCUUGGUUGUGUGAAGAUCAGCUGUAUCUUUUAUCACAGCAAACCUCGAAAUAUCAAUGGAUUAUUUUUGCCACCAAGCAGCAAUAUCACACUACAGAAAGAAAUUCAGGAAGGAAUUCCACUCCAGACCCAGAGUCAGGAACCUCUGAAACUUCAGGAAAAUAUAUCACGACCCAUCCACCAUCCUUUAGUUUUAAAAACUAAUUUUGAGGAAGAAGAGGAAGUAGAUGAACAAAAUGAUGCUUCUAGUUUAUGGACAAAGACUCCUGAAGAAAUUGAAGAAAAAAGAGCAAUAAAGGAGAUGUGUUAUAAAUCUGGGGAAUACUACAGAUUUCAUACUCCUCCAGAUAUUUUAUCGUCAAAAAGCAUGACCCCUACAGCAGAAAAAGAGUUAGAAAAGCCUUUGGAAAAUGGCAGUGAAUUGCAAGAAGGAGAUAGUCUUACAGUUCCGACAAAACUUAGCCAAUAUGAAAGGCAAGGUGAAAUAAAAACAUCAUUGCAUGGGAAACCAAAGACUGACAUUGCUGCUUUUGAAAAUGGAGGAGGUGACUGUUAUGUUCCACAGAGGGUCAUAUUUCUUGGAGUCGAUGAAAGUGAAGCUUUAACUGAAGAGAAAGAAAUCACCGUAUCAAAAUGUUCAAAUACUAAAGAUAACAAGGACAGUCCUCAUCCAAAGCGUUCCCUAACUACCCGACUAGUACCUACAAUGCAUGUAUUAAAUGCUACUGAGAAUAUCAGUAUGAAGUGCAGAGAGGACCCCUCUUCAAUGAAUGAUGUCCAGCCAGUGAAGAAGCCUCAUUUUAAAGGUGUGAAAAAAAGGAAAUGGAUUUAUGAUGAACCAAAGAACUUUCCUAACUCUGGAAUGCGGAGAGUACAGGCCCCAAGACCCCAAAAUAAAAUGAGUUAUCACCGCAGUAAUAAAAAUCGAAAUGCUGAGAAUGCAUCCUAUAUCCACGUUCAAAGAGAUGCUGUCAGGACUGUCGCGUUGAAUGCACCUUCCCGCAGCAGGCCCAUGCAUGGGUCCUACAAUAAAGUCCAUGUUAACAAGGAACCCAAACCCAGCCUCAGUCCAGACAAAUAUAUGUCAACAUCAUAUAAUGAUUCAGCCUGGCGAAAACGAAUUCCUUUUUCAAAAACAUAUUCAAAAAGUGAAAAGAUAUAUCCAGAGCCAAGAAGAAAUGGGAGCAAGUAAACCUGGAGGUUGAGAGAGAGAAAAAUGAGAAAAAAGUGCCAGACAUCAUCUGAUUUACAAUCAAAAAUGAAAAUUCAAAUAAUGAGAUACUCAAGUACUCCAUGCUAUAUAAUGGAUAGCCAAAGAUGAUAAAAAUGCAAAUUCUGAAAAUAAGAUGCAGGAAGUACAUUGUGCUCUUUCAAAACUGAUAAAAAUGCAAAUUACCCACAUCUGCCGGGGUAUUUAUGUAGGUCUGGAAUUCAUUCCGUGCAUUACUACAAGCAUUUUAAUAAAAUUUAAAAGUUUGACAAUU